UCGUGGAGUCUCCGAACCGAGUGCCCCGAAUUUCCUCCUCUCUCCUCUCUUUCUCUCUCUAGCGCGCGCGCGCGCUCGUUCGCGCUGCUGAAUCCAUAUUCGCCUCUCUUCCUAGCCAGUUGUAGCGCGUAAUCGAUCGGGCUUUGCUUGAAGCAUAUAGUUGGGGGGCGGAGAGAGGAUGAAUGCGUCUUCGUCGGGGAAGGCGCGAGCCGCGUCCUCCUCGCAGCCCUCCGAGAGCUCCUCCAAGCGCAAGCGCGGCAUCUUCCAGAAAGAGCUGCAGCACAUGAUGUACGGCUUCGGUGAUGAUCCCAACCCACUUCCAGAAACUGUGGCACUUGUUGAGGACAUUGUGUUGGAGUACGUCACAGAUUUUGCACAUAAAGCACAGGAUAUGGGAUCAAAGAGGGGAAAGCUAUCUGUUGAGGAUUUUCUUUACCUAGUCCGCAAGGAUGCACCAAAGCUUAACCGCUGCAAAGAGUUGCUGUCUAUGCAAGAAGAACUAAAACAAGCUAGGAAAGCCUUUGAUGUAGAUGAGGAAAAGCUUGCGGCAUCCCUGGACUGAGCAAUAGAUGCUGUCUAGGAUUCUCUGCACAGGUCUUGUCUGGUGUUAGAUUGUAUAUGUUGAGACCCAAGGCUGUCCAAUUUUGAAUAGGAUUGAAAAGAAAAUGGUGGUGGUUUCGUCACCUCACUGCUGAUUAUUGGUGUUUUUUUCUUCCCAAAUUGUCAGGUUCAUUAUCUAGUUCAGUCCAAACAGAUUUUGUGCAGCGGCAUUUGGUUGGUGUUCUCAAAAUUUUAGUCCAAUGGGACCCGUUAAAUAGCGAUGCAUCUUUUUCUUUUUCCUCCA